AUGAAAUGUCCCGAAGAACAUAUCUUGGCGUACAAGAACUUGAUGUUGCUGUAUACCACGAACCAGGCGUUGUUGUGCAAGAUUUUCCCUACCACUUUAAGUAGUGUCGCUUUGAAUUGGUAUACAUCACUACCAGUGGGGAGCAUCCAUACCUUUGCCCAACUGGAAGCCAAGUUUGUAAGCCAUUUUGUGGCUUCCAUACGACAAGAAAAGUUCAACUUCCACUUGUUAAGCAUCAUACAACAAGAGGGAGAAUCUGUGGCUACCUACUUAAAAAUGUUCCAAGAGACCGUUUUGGAAGUCACUGACUUGAAAGACUCAGUUGCCCUAAACGCCCUGAUAAAUGGAAUGCGCACCCCAAAAUUGAAAUUCCAACUCAUUGAGAAUCAAGUGAGGACAUAA